UAUGUUGAGAAUGACACCACCCAUGUGACAAAAUCCCUUUAAUUUCAAUCGCUUCCCGUUCGUCCUCUACAAUCAUGAGUUCUCCAGUGGCUCAUUUUGGCACGUAUGACGUCUUUCUAAGCUUUAGAGGCGAAGAUACUCGAAAUGCUUUUACAGAUCAUCUCUAUGAGGCAUUAGUGCAAGCAGGACUUCGCACUUUUAGGGAUAAUGAUGAAAUAGAUAGAGGUGAAGAACUGAAGCCUGAGAUCGAUAGAGCAAUCAAAGAAUCGAGGGCUUCAGUAGUUGUAUUAUCAGAGAACUAUGCAACUUCCACAUGGUGCCUUGAAGAGCUUUGGUUGAUUCUUGAACAAAGGAAGAAGUGCAAUCACUAUGUUCUACCGGUGUUUUAUCACGUUGAUCCUUCAGAUGUAAGGAAACAGAGUGAGCCUUUCAAGAUAAAAGUCAACACCUCGCCAAAGUGGACUGAUGAUAACGUGAAUCGGUGGAAGGCGGCCCUUGCGAAGGUUGCCGAUUUGACUGGUCUGGUUCUUUCAGGGCCUGAAACACAACUUUUAAAGGAUAUUGUUGAUAUUAUUUAUAAUAAACUUGAUUGCAAACAAGUUUAUCUUCCAUCGAAUCUAAUAGGGAUGGAAACUCGGGAUAAGGAGAUAAAUUUCUGGCUAAAGCAAUCUGAUGCCGAAUUUUUGGCAAUCUGUGGGAUGGGAGGAAGCGGGAAAACGACAUUGGCCCGAUACAUUGUGUACUCAAAUUCCCAAAACUUUGAAAGCGUUAGUAUUGUCGAAGACAUCGGAAGUAGAUGUAAAGAACCACAUGAUUUGCUUCAGUUACAAGAAAAACUUUUUAGAGAUAUUUCAGGAGGCAAGAGGAGGAAAAUACCCAGUGUUAGUCAAGGUACAUUCAAGAUUGAAGAGGUCUUACAAGUGAAGAAGGCACUUAUUGUUCUUGAUGACAUUGUUGAACCGAGCCAGUUGGUAGGUUUACUUGGAUCCGCUUACAUUAACAAGCAAAGCAAGAUAAUAAUAACAACUAGGGAAAAUAAUAUUGGUAAAUGGUUUGAGUCCAAACCUUGGAGGUGUCAAGAGUACCAAAUGAAGUUACUAGAUGACAAUGAAUCAUUAGAGCUUCUAAGUCGACAUGCCUUUGGAUCCAAACGUCUGAUGGAAGGUUAUGAAGAGCUUGCAAAACGGGUAUUGCAGUAUUGUGAAGGAAAUCCAUUGGCUCUUGAAGUUUUGGGUUCCUUGCUAGCAGAGGAUAAUAGCAUCCUAUUUUGGAAAAGUACAUUGAGCUUAUUGGGAAGAGAUAUUGAUUCUGGAAUUAAACGUGUACUGAUUAGGAGCUACAACUCUUUGCCACAUGACUCUAACAAACAGUUGUUUUUGCAUAUUGCUUGUUUCUUUGUAGGCAAAGACAAGGAUUAUGUGGUGAAUAUAUUGGAGCCUGAUUACUCUGCAGUAUCUGGGAUUAAAACCCUAACUAAUAGAUGCCUUUUAUCUCUUUCACUAAACAACAAACUAAUGAUGCAUCCUUUGCUUCAAGAGAUGGGGAGAACAAUAGUACACCAAGAAUCACCAAAGGACCCUGCAAAACGCAGUAGAGUCUGGCGUAAUAAGGAUUCUUAUGAUGUUUUGCGAAAAGGAAAGGGUUCUGAAACACUGGAAGGUCUAGCACUUGACAUGAAAAUGUUGACCGAAGAAAAGAUGAACCAUUCACUCACGUCAUUAGACCUCAAGACUGAUUCUCUAAAAAAGAUGGAUCACCUAAAAGUGCUCCAGCUUAAUUUUGUGCAUCUCACUGGAUCCUACGAAAAUGUUUCUGAAGAUUUAAGAUGGCUCUGCUGGAUUGGGUUUCAUAAAAGAAUCAUACCUCCCAACUUACUCAUGGCAAGCUUGGUGGCCAUAGAUAUGAGCUCUAGCAACUUGGAAGCAUUCAAUCCACCCAUUGUUCUUCCAUUACUACAGAUUCUAAAUCUUAAAGACUCUCACAAUCUAUUGUUUGUUGACAAUAUUUUCAGACUCCCUAAGCUGGAGACUUUGAUUCUUGGAAAUUGUAAAAGUUUGGUUCAUGUUUGUGAAACCAUUGGAGGCCUUCCAAGGCUUGUUCUAUUGGAUAUCACUGGGUGUAAACGCUUGCGCAAGAAAGUAAAUCUGUUAGCAGGGAUAAAUGCGACUACUUCUGGUGGUGGAAUUACAGAACAACCUUCCUUUUUUUUGCCACGUUCAGUGCAACGCCUAUUCCUUAAGGACUGCAACCUAAAAAAUAACUUUUCCUUUCCUCUGAGCUUCAGUUUCCAACCUCUCUUGCAGUACUUGAAUCUCUGCAAUAACCUAUUUGAAUUCCUUCCUGAUUACAGUCAUCUUAAAAAUCUCCGGGUGCUUGACUUGAGUUUAUGUUCCAGACUUAAAAGCCUCCUAUGUCUCCCGAGUACACUUGCAGAAUUGUAUACAUAUUAUUGCAAGUCACUGGAGAGAAUAACUUUCCAAUCACCUCGAUUCACAUUGCAAGAAUUUGGCUACCAAGGUUGUAUAAAUUUGAAUGAAAUUGAAGGCUUUAUCAAACUGAUACCGAUAGCCACAUUGAAAGGAACAGAUUUGGGACAUAUGAAGUGGCUAAAAGAAUAUCAAGAUCAUGAAGUUCGCUUGGUUGGUGAUGAUGAGCUGACCAUAGGCAGAAGUUGGCAAGUCCAGAUGUUGUAUGAGUUCAAUAUAAGGAGCACAUCUCUUCCACACAUAGAGGAUCCAAACAUGAGACCUGAGUAUAUAUCAAAAUCGUCAUCUUUGUCCUUUGAAGUGCCUUUUCCACCUAAGAACAGGAUGCUCAAAGGAUUAGAUGUAACAUUCAGAUAUAAAAUGUCAGGAAACCACUGUGCAUGGUUUGCUAAAAUCAGCACGACCAAUGAUGUUGAUUUCAUAUACAACCCGAAAGUAUUUGGUGAUCCUGGAUUUGAUGAAGUUGGUGUAUGGUUUAGCUAUUGGCCAAUUGGAAACAUAUUAAAUGCUGGAGAUAAAGUUAAUGUGUCUAUUGAUGUCAUUAGCGGAUUGGAGGUAUACGAAUGUGGUGCAAGCUUUGUAUAUAUUAAUGAUGGCUUAAGGUAUGAAACUCCUGAAAAUGAUAUGGAGGGGGUUGAAAAUCUUGGAAAUCUGUCAGACUUUCGUCUGAGCUCAGGAUCAUACUAUCUUUGUCGGCGUGAUUUCUUUGAGUUAAUGGAGGUCGGCAGACUCCCACGUGGUUGGUUUAGAAAUAUAAUUGGUGAUAUGGUUGACCAUACAGAGGUACGAGGAUGGAGCAAUACUGGUCGGCCUAAGAAGUUGAACCCGUCAUUUACGGAGUUGAAAUAUGUUAGUUGCAUCAUCCAUGGUCCUGAAUCGGAGCAAGUUUACAAGAUUCCAAAGAAGCCUAAAUCACUAUUUGUCAAUAAAGCGACGGAGUUCACGUCAAGCAUGUAAUAACCUUGUUUAUUGAUCAACGAAUUACGAGGUAAUGAAUGAACGAUGAUGUAAAAUAUGUUUAUGUUAUGUUGGUGACUCGACUGAAAUUAAAAAGAUUACAAUGUUAAAUUCAAUUUUGAUAUGGAUCUGUGCUUUUGCAAUGACACAUAGUAAUGUAUGACGAUUUGAUAAAACUUGUAGAAUCGUUUAAAAUCAUUAAUCAUUGAUUUUUAUGGUAAUUGUUUAAACAUUGAAACAAAUACCAUCACUUACAAAAAGGAUAGUUAGUUGUACAUGGGAGCUGAGAUGAGGAUAUGUUAUCACGAUCAAGUUUGCAUCUGGGAGAGCAUGUCGCUACCUUGGAAUGCUUAUGUUAAGUUGUGGAGACCGGUCAACCCUUUGACCUUAUAGUUGUAGGCAGACCAAGUUUAGGGCAAAUUUAUCAGAGUUUAUGUCUUGACCUUAUUGACAAAUUUUUAGUAUUAUGCCAUCUUUAUAUGGAUCCCUUGAGUUCAUGUAAUCUACGACAAGUAAGAAAAAUUGUAAUUCGGUAGUGUCAAUAAAAUCUCUCUAUUUUGUUUUCUUGUGGAUGAA